AUGACGUACCGGCUAACGUUCACUAAAGCUAUUCAAAGUGUCCUCUCCAGGACCAGCUUGCAUGGAGUGUUUCAUCUAGUGCACGCUCGAAGUACAUAUUUUGAAAAAGUGUUAUGGUUCGGAUUUAUUACAAUGGCACUAACGGGCGGAUGCUACACGGUGGGUAUUUUCUGGCUACGUUAUUGGACCAAUCCAACGGUAAUAGCGCUGGAUCGCGACUACCACCUUUGGAACACGACGUUCCCCAGUUUGACCGUUUGCUUCCAGAAACGGUUGAACGAACGUGCUCGAGAUGAGUUGAUAGAAAGCAUAGAUCCCGAGCUGGCGCCCAGGUAUGCGGAAUUUUUGGACACCCUGCUGGAUAGCGACAUAGAAAACGUGGGUCGUUUAGCCGACUUUGACGAGUUUGAAGGCGUCAACUUGAGGGAGCUGCUAAACGAAUUAACCGAUCGGCCGAACGCAAUCAUUGCGAUGGAAGGCGAUCUACAGGGGACACUGGUGCGAACUAUGACGGAAAUGGGCAUCUGCUAUACGUUCAACUCGGCCCUAACCAGGUAUUUAAGCAUUGACCAAUACACCGGUGAAGAAAAACUGUACCAAGUCAGCGUGUUCAAUGGUGAAGCGUCGGCCACAAUAUCGAACUGUACUUCGAACGCAAAUAUUUACUUCCACAGUCCCUACGAAAUGCCUACAAUACGUAAGUCGCUUUUACUCGAGCGUGGUUUCUUCACGUUUACGAAGAUGGACUUCAACGCACUGGCGAUCACUUCGGAUCCAGCAUUGAAAUAUUUAAGCAUCAAGCAGCGCAAGUGUAGAUUUCCUCAUGAAUCAAAUCUGCGCUUCUUUCCGGACUAUUAUUCAUACGGACUGUGUUUAUUGGAGUGCAAGUUUUAUCUAUUUCUCAAACACUGUGACUGUGUACCGUACUUUUAUCAAAUUGACGAUCGUUCUAAAUACUGUAAAUUAACACAACUAGCGUGUGUGGAGUUAUACCAAAGCUACAUUUCCUUCUUAACCGCCGACGAGCUGCGGGAAAUCUUUGGUGCUUGCAAUUGCAUGAAAAACUGCGACGAUGUUACCUUUACGCUGCAACAGUACGGAUCCACGUUUUGGUUCAACGAUCCCGUCAUCAAAUGGAGUAUCCGCAUACCGAAAAUUCGCUACAGCCGCAGAAUCAUUUACGCAUUCAUUGAUGCGUUGGUUUCUACGGGAAACAUCUUGGAAUUUUUCUUUGGGUUCAGCAUCAUAACGUUGAUCGAAGUGGGUUACUUUUCGUUAAGAAAUUUGAUCGUUUCUUGCUUCCGAUCGAAAUCUACACAGGCGUUUUGCCGUCGUCAACGACCUAAAGAAAAUCGUGCGAAAAACAAGCAGGUGUUGGUUAACAAACCUAUCGUACAGGAAAAGCAGAUCAAGUUCAAGUAG